AUGCAACCUAUUAAUAGUUCAAUUGAUUCCUAUUUGUAUUGCUAUUCUUUGGGAAGCACGCAGAUAGAGAGAAUCACUCUUAGCAUCACAUCAGUAAUUUUUGGUUCUAAUACAAUAACAAAUUCAGAUUCAUUAAGAGAAAUAGAGAUUACAUCAAAAGUUUUCCGAGUGAAUGAUCAAUGGUCAUUUGAUGGUUGCAAUGUCCUUGAGAAAAUCAACAUAACAAGUGAUGAAAUAUACUUUUCUAGUUAUAAUUUUCAUUCUGCAUCAGAUUCAGAACAUGAAUUCUCACUUUAUUUGAACGGAAACAAUAUAUCAUUAGACAAAGACUUAUUUGAUAGUUACAAAGUAACUAAAGUUGAUAUCGAUUCUAAAGGAUCUGUUUAUAUUUAUUUGACAUUUGAUUUCCAAAAAAGUUUACAAAGUGUCAAAAUACAUUCAACUGAUAAAAUCAUAAUUGAAGGAGCAUUUGAAGGAUGUUCUUCACUUUCUUCAUUUGAUUUUCAAUCAAACAAUAUUACAUUAUUAGGUAAUGCUUUUAAAGAUUGCCAAAGUUUACAUGAGAUAGAAUGGAAAGAAGGAAUUUCUUAUAUAUCUAAAGAUGCUUUCACUGGGUGUAACAUUACAAAAAUCACUUAUCCAGAAAGUAAAAAUGAAAUUGUACCUGGUGCAUUUAGUUAUUGGAGUAAUUUGAAAUAUUUUGGAACUAAUGUAGUACAAUAUACAGAUCAACGAAUCACAUUACAACUGUCAAGAUCAAUAACAAAAAUUGGUGAUUAUGCAUUCUAUAAUUGCAAGAGCUUAAUCAACGCACAAUUCCCAAGUACAGUUGUUUCAUUCGGAAUGCAUUUAUUCGAUGGAUGCGAAAAUCUACUGUCACUUCACAUUAAUACAUCUGCAAUCUUUGAUCCAUCAAAUAUCGUAGAUACAAUUCAAUUAAUAUCUGGAAGUGGGUAUGAGCCAUAUUCUAUGUUCAAUUCACAAAUGACACAUGUUUCGUCAGAUUAUUAUGAAGUUGCAGUUGGAAAAUUCUAUAAAAGUCAAUUGCAACCCUUUGAAGGAACUUAUGUUACAAAAAUUAAUAAAUAUGCAUUUUAUCAAUGCCAAUCUUUAACAUCUGUCAUGGUUGGUAAUGUUGAUUACAUUGGUGAUUAUGCAUUUUAUGGAUGUAACAGGUUAUCAGAUUUCCAUAUUUCAAGCUAUGUGUAUUAUAUAGGAGAUUAUGCAUUAUCUGGACGUACUAGCUUUACCGAGUUUGAAAUCCAAAGUAUUUCAGAAUAUAUUGGUGAAUAA